GUGCUCUUCUGUGACGUCACUUCCAUAACAGUGCUGUGCAGCGUCUAUAGUCUCCCUCCUGAAAUUCAGGGAUUUCAACUCCGCUGCAUCCUUCAAACGUUGUGCCGCAAAGAAGUGCGUAGUUUUACCAAGUGAGAACCACGGCCGUGUGAAUGUUGUGCACACUUUGGGGCUACAGUGUAUCCACACGGUCUCUUUGCUACUUGGAUGACAGCAAAGGGACCAGAGCAGGUACCAGACAUGCUGGAUAUGCUGAUGUUGGGCAGAGAAUAGGGGGUGCAAAGAUACGAAAAUGGAACUGAAGAUGGAGGACACCAACCCAAAUAGACUGAAGGACAGCAAAAGGAUGGAUGCCAACACUGUCUGGCAAUGGCGGAUUAUGCACGUAAAAAAAUACUCAAGAAGCCCCGAACCAUUCCAUUACAGCAAUAAAAUUGGAUUAGAUUUUAAUGUUGGAUCCACGGCACAGAAACUGGAUUUACAAUUACUGACAAACGGGGUCAUGCUUGAAAUCUGUGACUUUGCUAAAAUGGUUACAAAGGGUAAAAGCCACUUUAUCAUGAACAUUCUGGAGAACAAUUUUGAUCUUGGUUUGGAAAAUGAGCAACAACGGAUUCAUUUUAGAGCUCAGAUUUCAAACAAGCUCAAGGACCUGAUGAGGAGGCCUCCUAAAGAAAAACUUGACAUUGCUGCUCUUUUUGGUUCUUCUUUUGUGCCAGUGUGUGCCAGAAGCAUCAAAAAAGAACCGAAUGUGGGAGCCGAUUGCCAGUAUUUCAGUUUCCAGGUGAAGAAAGAAGAUAAUGGUAGACAUACAAGCAAAAUUCCUUGCUCACAAACAUCUGAAAAAAAGAUUGACCGACUACAUGCUGAUGUCAGCGAUGAUGAAGAGGAAAUUGAGUGCUUAGGGGCGCAGUUAAAAGAAGAAAUCAGAGGAGAUGUUCUCCCAUUUUCAUACCCUUACUGUGAAGAAAUUGGUUUGCGCUUUGAAAGUGGUGCAAAACAAAGCCUUGAUCCAGGUUUAUUGACAAAUGGUAUGAUGGUAGAACUGGUAGACUUUACUAGAGUACUGAUUGCAUCCUACAGCUCUAUUAUUCUCAGUGUCCUGAAGCAUAAUUUUGAACUUGACCUUCAAAAUCAACAGGACAAAAAGCAAGUUUUGUUCAGCGUGUCCCAACUGUUGAAAAGGAGAAAAAAACUUAAGAGCACUGGUACUAAAAUAAGUCCACAUUUUAAGAAUGAGCUGUUUUCCUUUGAGACAAAUCCCUUUAAAAGAGCUCCUACACAGCUGACUAUGGAAGAACUUUUAUACGAGAGCUUGAAGAAAAGAAGAAAAUACAAUUCAAAAGCAAAUAUGCAAAAUGAAUGUGACAUGGAAGAAGAGACAAUGGAAACGGAAAGUAACAUGUGGAAGCUGCGUGCUAACCGUGUGAAACAAAUCCUGUUGGUACUAGACAAAGAGUACUGUACAUUCUUCAGGCCCAAUAAAGCAAAUUUGGAAUUCAAUAUUGGGUUUGGGCCCAAGAAAAACUUGAGUGGUGACUAUCUGACCAAUUCUGUUCUGUAUAAAGUUGCUCGAUUUGCCUUGGCAAUGAAUUCAUCCCAGCAGGAAUUCAUCAUGGAGAUUCUUGAGAAGAACUUUGACUUAGGCCUGAAGAACAAGUCUUAUAAACCUACCUUUGCAUGUGAACUCAUGAGUAGAGUAAGACAGCUUCAGAAAUGCGAGGUUCCGGUCAAAUUCUCUAAAGAAGUUUUUGAACUUCCUCGUCCUGUUCCAUCAUUCAGAAUGACAUCUCAGAGAAUGGACAUUGUUAGCCCAGACCUCAGCAGCAGAUUGAGUGUGAAGGAAUCUGAUAUCGCUCCUUCAAAUUCUCCUGACUCACAAGCUGAAACUAAACUAAGUCCAAAUGAUGUAACUACAACUGAGUUACCAGUCCAUCUACAUGAAACUGAACCCAAGCCACAUACUGAAACCAAACCUGAAAUAAAGUCAGAGAAAAAUGUCUAUCCUUAUCACUUCUGCAAGGAGAUUGGUCUGAAACUUCAUGUCAGCUGCAGUCAACAAAAACACAAACUUGACAUCAGCAAACUGACCAAAGGAGCAAUGAUGGAAGUAACAAACUUUGCUGAAAAGUUGUGUGGAACAUUUGAGCAGAUUUGUCUGGAUGUUCUCAGACACAACUUUGAGCUUGAUUUGCAAAGUGUCGAUUCAGAACUUGCAAGAAAUAUUCUUGCACACAUUCCGGCUGCAAAUGAAGAAAGAAAUCUUGUGACCCGUGUAACCCAUGGGAAAUCGAAGCACCCAAAAAGAGAUUACCCAAUUCUCCCGACACUGAAUUGCCAGAAUAACCCAAAUACAGAAGCAUGUAGAGCUGAUUCUACUGAGGAAAAUGUACACAAAGAUGUAAGCAGUACCACUGACACUGAACAACAAGAUGACCUCAACUCAGCGCUGUGGAAAUUGAGACGUAUUCAAAUUCAGCACAUCCUCUCAGUACCUCAUGGAGAACACUGCCCACUUUAUUCUUACUCUAGAUGUAAGAAAUUGGGCAUCGACUUUAAUGUAGGAUCUGGAAUAAAACUAAAUCUUGACCCAAAGUUACUUACCAAUGGCAUCAUGGUUGAAGUUAACACGUUUGCCGAAGCAAUGUUGUCAUCUACAAAAGAUUUCAUCACAGCAAUCCUGGAGUACAACUUUGAUUUAAAUUUGAACAGCGAGGCAAGUCGCAAUGCCUUUGGAAAGAAGCUUAUGCGAAACUCUGGAGCAAUGAAGACAAAGAAACUAGCUGCAUCUCAGAAGAAAAUACUUUUUCAACUGCCUGACUCAAAAUCUGUAGAUGAAUAUACUCCAUAUUGCCCCAAAUGUUAUCAAGACAGAAUUAAGCGUCAUCAAGAUAAAUCGCAGUCUGGUCGUGUCCCUGAGCAGCCCCAAACUGGGUCAGAUGUUUGUGCUGAUGCAAAGGCAGAAAGUACUCAAAAUGAUCGAACCUCUAUUUCUGCAGCAACAAGAAAGACUAUAAUGAGCUGUUACCCCUCAUGCAGGAAAAUGGGUUUAAGACUCCGCGUGAGUAAAGCACACCGUAAACGUAAACUCGAAACACGUGCUUUGACCUGGGGUGUUAUGUGUGAGGUUUAUUCUUUUGCCAGGAAACUGAGUGGAACAAAGCAUAAACUUGUCAAUGAUAUUCUUGAGCACAACUUCAACUUGGACAAACAGACUCUAGACCUCAAUCCUUCAAUGUUGUUCUGUAGAGUACAGCCACGAGAAGGAGAGCAUGCCUGGUUCAGUGAUGUUUUUGUUAUUCAGGCACCUCGCAAAUGUCCUGUUAUUGGGGUUAAAAGGGAAGGACAAUCCACCACGCAGACAAAUGAAUGGAAAGAAACGAUCAGAAAAAGACAGCUGGACAUGCAGGCAAAGAAGAAAAGGGCCAUGGUGUCAAGUGAUUAUGCCAAUGAUAGUGUAGGAAGGAUUGGAUUUGAUGAAAUGGGUUUGAGUCUAGACGAAACAGUUGGAGUGGACUAUUGCUACAUGUGUCCUAUAGAAGCAGACACACUCACAGAUUCAGAAAACAGCGGGAAUGAGGAUGACAUAGAAAACCCAACAUCAUCUUGCAUCUCUGCUCCUUUCCAUACCACCACUGAUAGUUCCUUCAGUUCAGCAAUCGUAGACACAGAUAUGGACCUGCCAUCUCCAAGUCAGCCAGAUGAAAGUGGGCUGCUAGAAUAUGAAGAGGAGGAAGAGAUUCCAACAGAUGUACCAAAUGAAUUUGACAUGAAAGAAGAGGAAAAGGAAAUGGAGAGUAACAUGUGGAAGCUGCGUACUCACCGUGUGAAACAAAUCCUCCUAGUCCUAGACAAAGAGUACUGUCCAUUCUUCAGGCCCAAGAAAGUUAACCUAGAAUUCAAUAUUGGGUUUAGACCCAAGAAAAAUUUGAGUGCUGACUGUCUGACCAAUUCUGUUCUGUAUAAAGUUGCUCGGUUUGCCUUGGCAAUGAGUUCAUCCCAGCAGGAAUUCAUCAUGGAGAUUCUUGAGAAGAACUUUGCAUUAGACCUAGAGAGCAAUAGCCACAGAUACACCAUUGCAUGUGAACUGAUGAAUAAAAUAAGACAGCUUCAGGAAUACGAAGAUCCAGUCAAAUUCUCAAAAGAGGUAUUUAAACUCCCCGAUUCCAUGUUUUCAAUAGGCACGAGAUACCAGAGCAUGGACAGCAGCAUAUCAAGAUUGGGUGAGUCUGAUGUUGAACCCUCACAUCCCCCUGAUUCAGAUGGUGAAACUAGACCAGACCCACAUGUGUCAACUAUACCAGGUUUACCAGCUGGUCCACCGAAAACAAUAUCCGAGGAAAGUGUGAACCUGUAUCCCUUCUCCAAGGAGAUUGGUCUGAAGUUGCAUGUAAGCUGCAGUCAACAGAAAAACAAACUUGAUGUCAACAAACUGACCAAAGGAGCAAUGAUGGAAGUGACAAACUUUGCUGAAAAGUUGUGUGGGACAUUUGAGCAGAUUUGUCUGGACGUUCUCAGACACAACUUUGAGCUUGAUUUGCAAAGUGUCAAUUCUGAACUUGCUAGACAUAUUCUUGCACAAAUUCCUGUUGCAAAUGAUCAUAGAAAUGUGGCAACCUGGGUAGCUCAAGCAAAGCAAAAGAACACACGAAGAGAUUAUCCAAUAGUCAUGAGACUGAAUUGCCAAUACAAGCCAGAUGCAGAAAUAUGUAGUGCUGCAUCUACUCGAACAGUCAAGCACCAAAAUGUAAGCACUUCCACUGACAAGCAACAAAAUGACCUAAAUUCAGUUCUAUGGAGAUUGCGUAUCAAUCAAAUUCAUCGCAUCCUCUCAGUGCCUCAUGGAGAACAUUGCCCACUGUAUUCUUACUCCAGGUGUAAGAAAUUGGAUAUGGAUUUUAAUGUCGGAUUUGGAGUAAAGCAAAAUCUGGACCCAAAGUUAUUGACCAACGGCGUCAUGGUUGAAGUUAACACAUUUGCCGAAGCAAUGCUGUCAUCCACAAAAGAUUUCAUCAUGGAGGUCCUGGAGUAUAAUUUUGAUUUAAAUUUGAACAGUGAGCUAUCUCACAUUGCCUUCGCAGAGCAGCUCAUGCAAACCAUUACAACACUGAAGUCAAAGAAAUUCAGCCUGCCUCAAAAGAAAAAGCUUUUUAAACUCCCUCUGUCAGUUUUCUUUGAGGAAUAUAUUCCAGAUUGCCCCAAAUGUCAUCAAGAUAAAAAUGGCAAGCUUGUCCAGGAUGAAUCUCAUUCUGGUAAUGUGCUUUGCCAUCCUCUUGCCGUGACCAGCGUCAUUUCUACUAACGCAAGCAGCGCGGUAAAAGGGCCUCCAGAUGAUCGAACCUCUUUUUCUGCAUCAGUAGAAACAAUAUUGAACACUUACCCUCUCUGCAAGAAAAUAGGUUUAAGCCUAUGUGUGGACAAAGCUCACCCAAAACUUAAACUCGACACAUGUGUUUUGACGUGGGAGGUCAUGUGCGAGGUGUAUUCUUUUGCCAGGAAACUGUGCGGGACAAAGCACAAGCUUGUCAAUGAUGUUCUUGAGCACAACUUCAGCUUGGACAAGCAGAGUCUAGACAUGAAUCCUUCAGUGCAGUUCUACAGAGUGAAUCCACAUGAUGGAGAGCCCGCCUGGUUCAGCGAAGUUUUUAUUAUUCAGCCACCUCGCACAUUUCAAGUCAUUGAGAGUGCAGAAGAAGAGCUUCCCACUGUGCAGAGAAAUGAAUGGAAGGAAACGGUUCGAAAAAGACAACUGGAAAUGCAAGCAAAGAAGGAAAAAGCCAUGCUGUUAAGUAAUACUCUGAGUGCUGUGACAUUAACAAAGAAUAAGCAGAAAAAUCUCUAUCCUAUUUGCAAGAAAAUAGGUCUGGACCUUGAUGUUUCAUCAAAAUCAGCGGACAAAAAAAAGCUGAACUUGAAGUUACUGACAUCAUCGGUGCUGUUGGAAAUACAGAAAUUUGCAGCAACGAAAAGGAACCAGUAUUUCCCAGCUAUUUUGUUUGACAUCCUAGACUAUAACUUUGAGAUUAGCUCACAGCAUCACAGGCGCUGGGAAUUUUCAAUCGCUGCUGCAACCAAAUUCCAUUCGAUGAUCAGACAGUAUCGAAAUACUGGAAUAGAAAAGAUCUUCAAGUUACCAUUUCUGUCUGGACCCAAACUCCCACAGAGCUUAACACAAAAUCUGCAAAAUAAUAAAAGUGCUCAUAGAGUGGAUGGAAACCAAUGUGUGCAGCCAGCAACAUAUCAUGCAAUCCAAAUGCAGCCAGUGACAAUAAUGCAGAUGAAUGUCAACCCUAUGAACAUCCCUACGAUUACCUCCAUUUUUACACCUAUGAUUACCUCUGUAAUCAACCCUAUGGUUACCCCUGUGAUUAACCCAACAAUUACCCCAAUUUUUACACCUCCAGUUACCGUCAUUAAUACCCCUACAAUUGCCCCCAUGAGCACCUCUACACUUACCCCCAUGAAUACCCCUACGAUUACCUCCACCAGUACCACCACAACUGUAGGUUGUGACGGUUUUCUUCCAGGAAACCUCCAAAUUAAAGAGGAGGAAGAUGAUCCACGUUAUGGCAAUAUGCCAUCACUGGAUGUUGAAACAAACUAUCACCAAGGUAAUGAUGAUGUAAGAACUGACUUAAACACUGAGGCUGCCAAGAAUUUAGUCCCAGGUCAUCCUGCAGGCUCCCUUGGGCAUACCGCAUGUCCAACCUCUGAAAGCAAUAAUGGAAGCAAGUCAUCACAGCCCUCUGAUGGAUGUGUGCAAACUGCAUCUCUAAGUAGUGAGACUGUCAUAAAAACCGAGUCAGACACUGAGGGAUACAUGGAUUACUACAUGGUAACUGUAGGUCAGGACACAGAGAUAAAAGAGGAGCAGGAACAUGUGCCAGCUGGAAGUGCAGAAAGUGAAGUGGAUGUUAAACAGGAAUGUGAGUGUUAAUGGAAAAAAAUGUCUUUUGUAUAGACCAUUAAGUUUGAAUAAUGUUGCCUUAAUCCCUGUGAAAAGCUUUUUGUUGUUGAUGGAGAAGGAGAGUUCAAUCUUUUUUUUUUUCUUUUUCUUUUUUUUUUUUAAAGCGAUCUCAAUCUAUACAAAUAUAGUAGAGCUAUGGGUUAAAAGCCUGAAAAGAUGGCUCAUAUUGACCAAAAGCUUUCAGGGCAAAUGUCUGCAGCAUGGAACCACAUGUGUUAUUUCCCUUCUGUAGCAGCCUUUUAGUACUCUAAUUUAUAACAAAGAAUUUGGAUGUUGAACUUCAUAGAUGUUGUUUCCUUUUUUGUUCCUUUCCUUUUUUCUUUUUAUCCAUUGAGGUAUCCUGGACUGUUUGUGAAAUGCUUAUCAUUCUCUUGCUUUUUGUUUUAUAUAGUUUACUUUUUUUUUUUUUUUUACAUAUGUAUGUAUUUCACUUUAUAAAUGAGCAAACAUAGAAAUACGUCAUUAUUGUGUAAAUAUGUAUAUACAAAAAAUUUUCAGAUAAUUUUCCAGAAUGGCAACAAUAAUGUAAAUUACUAAAACUGAUCCUGCAACACAAAUAAAUGUAUGUAUUCAUAUUUGAGGUAAUAUACACAUUGAUAGCUCACUGUAUGUACAUUUUGUAUAAAGGUUUGAAAGCUCGAACCUGUCAUAUCGUCAUGGUGUGUUUUAUUUAUAUAUAUAUAUGUGUAAAUAUUACAGUGGCGAGCAAAUUUUUUAGCUCGCUAACCAAUGUAAGGUGUUUGUGAUUAAUACUUGUAUUCCCAACCAAAAAAAUAGUCUUGGUAUUUAAAUGUUAUGCUUGAUCAGUUUCUUACUGAAGUCCAGUGUGCCUAAUUAACAACAAUAUAAUAUUUACUUUUAAACAAGUUUUUGUCAGGUUUCCUGAAUAUUUGGGUUUUCUUGUGUAUGUGUCUAACAUUUGCUAAGUAUUGCAUAUUUAAUUGUAGCUGAAAUUUUCAUACUAGAGGCUUAAAGAUUAGACUUGGUGUAUGAUUUUGAUGUAAUGCCAAAAUUGGGCUGUUGGUGGUGCUCAAUACUAACAUAAUUUACUCCUUUUGUGGACCUUAUAUAUUCUACAAACCAUAUAACCAUUAAAAGAAAAGUGAGUAAAAGACUUUUUCUACAUGGCUUUAGGGAUUUUAAAAAGGAAUUCUAUCCCCAGUUCACUAAAAUAAAAAAUUCAAAAAGACAAAUCACUAAAUUGUCUGUUGGGGUGCCACUCUGUUAUGUUUUGUAUAAGUUGUUUGUAGAUUUUGAUUAUUAUUAUUACUAAUAUAAGUGGCUGAAAAUCCAACAUACAGGUGACAAAUGAAAGAAAAAAGUGAUUUGUGAGCAAGACACAAAUGUCUACUGCAAGACAAAAUCAGUGUGAAGGACUGGUAUAGAUAACAACUUUCAGGCUUAUGUGCAGCCUUGUGACCUAUUACAGAUUAAUAUGAGAAGUGGAGCUGCACAAAAAUUCUAAUGUAAUCUUUGGAUAAUGGUUUAGUAGAAGGUGGGGGGUUGGAGUAUUUAGACAUUUUACUUAAGUAAAGGUAAUAAAGUAUAUAAAAAUAUAAAGCAAGAGCAGAAAACUGCAUAACAUAGGCAUACUUAAAUUUUCCCCUCAAAAUUCCCUGAUUCUGGGAUGCUACUGGAGGGAUGCUCAUCGUUGUUCCUAAAGAAAUUCCCUGGCCUAAUGCUUGACUUCAUUAAUACACAGCAAAGCAUUUAGUGAGGUUUUGCAGAAUGCAGACUGAGCCACCACUCGCAUCAGAAUGGAAAUGUUUCACCUUUGGAUAAACCUAAUCUCUCAAGACAACCUUACAUCUAAGAGUUCAAUAGGGGCAGAGUGUGAAAGUUCUUCAUUUAAUUAGUCACCCAUCUACAGUAUUUCGAGAUAGUUUGCUUCCAAGAACUGAGAAUUUCUUGUCAUUCAUCAUAUUUACGUACUUUGUUAUGAAAAGCUAGUCAUAAAAACAUAAUUUGUUCCCAUUUCUUUUGUUGGAUGCACAAAAAAAUGCCAAAGGUAAAUACGUUUGACAGGGAUAAAAUAGUAUCUUUGCUCCAACAAGGUGGUUCCCAAAGAACUAUUACUUAAAACUUGGGAUAUUUCACCAUGGUGUGCAUGGUGUCCUUAAAACAUUGGAAGAAACUGGACAAUUGGAGGACAAAAGAAGAAUGAUUUCUAAUCUCAAUGAGAGUUUUACCUGGAUAACUAAAGGACUAAUAGAAAACAAGAAGUGGCAGGCCUUAAAAAAAGACUAUGUACAGCUGAUGAACCAUAUCUGAAAGUUAUGUGCUUAAGGUCAAACACAGCUCCUGAAAAAUUAUGUGAUUAUGAAUGCAGAAAGGUACAGUCAGAUUUUGAUCUACCAUGUUUUGCAAUCUGGAACGCAUCUCAUUGGUAAUGGUUUAAUUUGUCAGCUUGAAAAUGAUCCCAACCACACUCACAAUGCAAUAAAAGCAUAUGUGAUUAGAAAAACACACAAUGGAACACUAUCGAUCAUGGAUUGGCCUCCCCAGAGCUUGGAGGUGGACAAUACUGAAGCAAUGUGGGGCCAUAUUGAUGGAGAAUGGAAGAAAAGAAAGCCAAAAUCCAAAGAAAGAGCUAUGAAUGUUCUUCAAUAAGUCAGGAUAAUUAUUAUUAAAGAAAUGACAAGAAAGCUUGCCUGAGAGAGGGCUGAAGAAUAUAGAAUAUGUCAAUAGAAGGUGGUCAUUAAGGUGGUUUUUGCCUCUCUUUUUCUAUGUGUCUAUGUACGUUUUCAUAAAUCUCUCUACUUCUUUCACAUUCUCCCAGAAAAAUAUACUUAAAACUUUUUCAGAGCACUGUACAUCUGAAGGAGUUGAACAGUAGUUCGUUCCCUUUUGAGUUUUAUUUUUGAAAGACAAAGCCGGAAGUCUUCCGCGCACUUCCGCGUAGCUUGACUCUUGGAACUGAAGACGCCCAUUUCCAGUCCACACCCGCCCGGCUGCUGGAUCGAUCCUCCCCUCUUCAGUAGCUGGAUCGUCACCCUGGAUGCCGAUCAGCACCGCUAUUCUACCGCAACAGGUAAAAGAAUAGAAAUCAUUCCCACGCUUAUACCGAACAAAAUGCAUGACUUGCUGGAUACUGUCGCUGAAGAUUUUCUUCCCCUCUACCUGUUCUUUCAAGGUAAGUGGGAUGUCCUGCUUUAUUAAACCCAGCAUUUAAAAAGGCGAGGCAGUGCAGCGUAUUAACAACGAGGUUUGUCUACCUGCAGUACAGCCCAUUGUUAAUGUUUCAUCCUGAAAAUAUGUGGAGCUCUCAAACCUGUCUCUGAGCCACUAGUGCCAGUCUUUUGUCUGCGUUAUGGAUGAAGAGCACCCCAUAUGGCUGAAAACUGGUUCUUCAGAUCUUUUCACUGUUUACUCAUUAAUUUUGCUUGUUUGAAUAAGGCGGAGAAGAGGAAAAGGAAAACUAACCUGGAUUUAAAGAGAAAUUCAUUUUUUAAAGCAGUCAAAAUAGAUUUAGGCUCUAAAUUACUAGUCUUUUUUUCAAGAUAAUAUAAUUAUCUAUGUAUAUUAUUAGAUAUAUACUGUCUAAUAAUAUAUAUACUAUGUGCAACAACAACAAGCAGGGAAUGGCAUAUUGUUUUUAUGAUAAAAGGUGUAACUCCAAAGGUUAUUCCUGUGUUCCCUCAGGUACUACUUAAAGGAAAUGACAUGCUUCCCUGUGACUAUUAAACAUGCUGAAAAUCACUGCUGUGUUUAACCUGAGGGAGAAAAUCUAUAUGAUAUUUCUCAAAGUCACUUUAACGGUCUGCUGGGUGUCUGUGCUCACCUUCUUAGGCGACUUACAUUUGGCACUUCCUCGGUUAAAAGAUGGAAAAUAUAACACGAGGAGGGCCUCCGGUUCGAAGCCCGUCAAAUGCGUCUGUUAUCUUUAUUUUUCCUGAUAUAAAAAAGUGUCAUCAGCUGUUUAAUAGUUGAGCAAAGGUGUGAAUUUCCAUUCUUAUAUAUGAGAUGACUGGGGCAGCUUUGGAUGUUUAUGCACGUACGUGUUGAAUCACUGCAGCAAAGACUAAUUAUAGAGAUUGCUUUGUGUGUGCUUGUGUUUAUGUGUGUGUUCUGCUGCCCUCGGUGAAAACAGAACGAGGAGACUUUCUUUGCUGAAGUGGCAAAGUCCAUGUGACUGCAAUUUCUGUGACAUCUGUGCUUUAUCCCAGAAGGGACUGUUGCAUAUCCACCUGCCGAGACUCAAAGCGUUGCGUAAUAUCCACACGUUCACAUAAGUGUACAAUACACCAGUGUGGUGAAAGAGGAACCUGAUGUGCUUCAGAGUCCAUUCUCAUAUAGCAGUUACAGUGGCAUGGAUGCUGUAUUGAGGUUAAUUUGGCAUUAUUAUUAUUGUGUCUUAAGUAUGUGGGGAAGAAGAUGAGGUUGGAGGUGCUGCUGAGUGUGUGUUUUUCACUUCGGGGGUGGGGGGAGUGUACAGGAAGUUAACAAAAAAAAGGUGAAUCAUUUCAUUGAGCUGACACAUAAACGUACCAAAAAGAUUAGAAUGAUUCUUCUGUCGGAAGCGUCCCCAAUUUUCACCUGCAGCCCACUGGGGGGAAGGUGUGUGGCAUGUGUGCGCUUGUGUGUGUCUGCUCUCUUGUGAAUAGGAGGAAAAUCCCAGCACAUGCACACAGGACACACGCAUGCACACAGGCUUCUUUCUUCCUCAGGCUUCGCAAAGCUUCCUGGGCUGUGUCCGCUAGAACAGGGUCCCCCUCUGUGUGAGGAGGGUGUGUUGGACACACUCCGCGCACACAGGCCGAAACAUUGAUAUUCACGUCAGACCGGUCCAGUGUGGUGCACACAGGUGUCAAUCAGCAUGCUGGGCAGAGUCAAAGGUUCUUUGAUUCAUUUUGUUCCUCAGCACUGCUGGCUCUUAAAGGAUUUAUGUCUUAUUCCUCAUAUUAGAAACUUUCAAAAUGCUUAAUGCAAUGUUAUUUUUAAACAUCAGUGUAACAUCAAGGCUAGCUUUGCAACUGCUGGCUUUGCAACAUCAACCUGUGUAAGUAUGAAAAUAGUGUGUGCCAUUUGUUCUUCAUUUGCUUCUUAAAGACGCCAAAACUAGAACUAAACUUGCGCUGCAAAGUAAUUUGUUCUAUGCUCAAAUUUUUAAUGGUUUAUUUUCCGUCUUGAUUAUUUUUGUAGUAUUUUGUGUCCAAAAGUUCAUUCGGGGAUCUGGCAUGAUUUGAAGUAGCAUUGUGAGAUGACUGUGUUUCUCUCCACUACAUCUGCCAUACCAGCAGGGGCCGAGCUGCAAGGUAAAUCAAAUCAAAGACGCAUAAUGACAUUUUAAAGUUAUUUUCAGACAUCCAAGGGACUUCAAUCAGUGUACCAUUUUGUUGUGAACCUGUGCAGGUACAGUCACUGUUGAUGUAGAGGGUGUCCUCUUUCCUCUUUUGUUGAUUCAGUGCCGUUGUCAUCCAGGAUAUAGCAUGUCCUGUUUAAACAGUGGAGUCUCUUCUCUAACCUAGCCAACGGGAGAUAUUGUUAUAUUUGACACCAGGUACACCUCAGGGUACAGGGUUGUGUAUAAGGGUGGAUGAAACUCUGCUAAAGGCCUAUACAUGUUUGCACAUGGAAGUGUUAGGUACACGCAAAUAGCAUAGAGCUAUUGUGAAAAAGAAAGUUUGCACAGGACUCUGUGCAGUCCUGGGAAAAUCUAAGUACAUCCUUUAAGAGCAUUUAAGCGGGUAAGAAGCAGCUAGGUGGUGCUAAUCCAAUGCACUUGAUUAACUGAUGAUCAUCAAGUGUGAGCACCUCUGAGGCAGACGUUUUGGCAGUUCAGUUGUUUGUUAACACAGUGACACAUCAUCUCAGACCAUACAGGCCGCAGUUAGCAUGUUAGGUGUUAACGUUUGUGAGAGUACACUUAGAAAAAGACUGUAGAAGUAUGGAUUUUUUUGGAGGCGUUAACUGGAGAAAGUCUCUAAAAGGAAUAUGGCAGUAUUGCUUAGACUAGACAAGACUUCUGGAACAAUGUUCCUUGGACAGACAAGACCAAAGUGGAGAUGUUUGGCCAUAAUGCACAGCACCAUGUUUGGAGAAAACCAAACACAGCAU